AGAGAGAGAGAGAGGAUGUAGCAGGAAGAUGUGAGUUGCCCAUGUGAGUGAGGCAACUUGCUGUCCUGGUAAAGCAAUGGCACAAAGCAGGGAAGAGAAGCAAUGAUAUCCAGAAGACUCUCUCUCUCUCUCUUUCUCUUACACACACAACCUCACAUGGCGCCUGUCGUCGCUUUCGUGUGGGAAUUCCUUUCUUGUAAGGUGGAGGAGGAGAGGCAGGUUCGAACAGUUGGAAGAAGCACAAGGAAGCAAAGAUAGAGAAAGGAAAAGAAUACUGUGUGUCAGUCGCAGGUUCUACUUUUGCCAAUGCUAAAUAAUCUCAGUCGUUGGUCUGAAUCAAUCAUUUUGAUCUAUUUACAUUCCAAAGCACGGAUGGUUGAGAUUGAAGGGGAAAGUAAAGAAGGGGACGGUUUUGUAUCCUCUCCAUAGCCUCGUUUCUCUCGCUUCAGUCCUCUUCCUCGGGAUUCUGUCAUUUCUUCCUCCUCCUCCUCCUCCCUCGUACCUGUAUACUCCAUAAGUAACCUUGUUCCUGCUGUACACCGAGCACUGUGAACUCUGUUCUGGUAGCCGCAACCCAAGCCAGUCUCUGAUCAUCUCCACCACUCUAGAUUUCCAGGACGUGCACUCGGUAGUAGCAGAAGAAGAACGCACUGCAGUGGAGGAAAGAUGGGCAGCACCUCAGGCAAAGAAUGGCCACAGAUGAUGGAUGAUAGGCUUCUGGUCACUGAAAAAUACAACAGUGGCAGUAAUGGUACUAACACCAACAAGAACAAUACGAUUCAUGCCGGUUCUGCGACUCUCGAUGUUUCUGGGGUUAUGAACAAGCCACUAUCGGCCUCAGAGCAUGCACAGGCCGCCCUGAGAUGCCCCCGCUGCGACUCCUCCAACACCAAGUUCUGCUACUUCAACAACUACAGCUUGUCGCAGCCGCGGCACUUCUGCAAGGCGUGCAAGCGCUACUGGACGCACGGCGGCGCGCUCCGGAACGUCCCCGUCGGCGGGGGGUGCCGCAAGAACAAGCGGGCGAAGAUGCCGGUGGCCGCCUCCACGGGGCCCCCGAACCGUCCGCAACCCCACCUUCUUGCUCCGCCGGAUCCGAUCCCUUCCAUCUCAGUGCAGAUAUCUUCCUCUUCCUACCUCGGCGACGCGGCCUCACUCUAUGCCCUGCAGACGGCGGCGGCGUCGUCGUCGUCGGAUAUGAGCCCGACUUUGCCAAUUGUCGCGAGCAGCAACCAAAUCCCAUCUUUCACUAGUGCUGCCUUCGAUCUGCAGUCUCAUCUCGGCUCUCUUGGACUCGACCUGUCAUCCAAGCCACAACGCGACUACGAGUACUAUCUCGGCGAGCUCCAGCCAUUGCCGUCCUUGAGCUCGACUGCGAUGCCGCUCCUGAAUGACCACCCACUCUCCGGAUCAUCUUUGCAAUCUCCGCCACUUGUCGCACCAAGCACUAAACACCCCAAGCGAACCGAAGACUACCAAGCCUUGUGUUCCUUUAAUGAAUUGCAAGCCUCUGGGAGGAAUUGGAGGAUGGAUAGGAUGAUGAAAUCAGUCAAACUGGAAGGGCAGACCAACGACAUGAUCAACAGCAACAUUAGCAGCUACAUAGAUUGGCAGAUUCCAAAUCCAACAGAGAUUUCUUUGGAUAAUUUUGGUCCAGCUGCAGCUAUGUACUGGAAUUCAGCCAUCGGCAGCGGUUCAAGUUGGCCGGAGAACACGAACCUCGGGUCGUCGCUCACGCCUCUGAUCUAAUCUGAAUCAAAUGUGCAGAUAAUUAGUAUUCUCUCUCACCUUCGAUCACCAUUCAUG